CCAAGGACUCUACCUGCUGAAGUACGCACAGCAAUAAGUUCCGACCUCUUACGAGCUGGAAGACAACUUACAGGAGCUUACUCAGAUGCGGGACCUCUAAGGUCAUAUCUUCGAAAGGAAAGGACUCCCGACAUUCCCGAACAGCUGAGAACCUUCCGCACAAUUUCAUUAGGCGAUAGGAAGGAUUUGCGAAAACCGCCUGGUAGUACACAUGCUUUACAAGCUAUUCGCGAGGAUUAUUCUCGCUCACAUAAUAAGGACACUGGGUGA